AUGACCUACAUUUUAACAAAGAAGGACAUACAAGACAUAGAGGACAUGUGUGGUAAUGUGAUGCUAGUUAUUGCCUUUUCGGGUUUAUUUUCCAUGGAUCAUGUGUGUACUUUAGAAAAUUUAGCACUUAACAAACCUACGUGGCAAGAGCACCCCUUGCCUGAGCCUAAUAGUAAAGAUUUUGGCAGUGAGAAUGCAGUAGAUGGUUUGUAUUAUGAUCGUAGAGCUAGGAGUGGUCAGUGUACAAUCAACGCUGAUGGCUAUUACACAGCUGAAUGGAAAGUGGACUUGGGAGGUGUAGUUAGAAUCAGCUACAUCAAUAUCCUCUACAGGACUGAAAACCAAAAUCCAGGUCCAUUUGUCAACAGAAUGGCAGGCUUCUCUCUCUACAUUUCAAAUACAACAUCAAAAGACCAAGGGCAUCUUUGUUACAAAGACCAAUCAUUGGGUCACCCGUCAGUUGACCAGGAAAUCUACUGUUUAAUAUACGGACGUUAUGUCAUUUACUAUAAUGAACGUGUUGAUUAUGGCAAUCCUAGUUAUCUGUCACAGUUUGCCUACAAUGAACUAUGUGAGGUAGAAGUAUAUGGAUGUCGCGGAAGCUUUAGUGAUGGUUGUUCGUAUGCAUGCCCAAAGAACUGUCUGAAUAGGAAUUGUGAUGCAUAUACAGGUUACUGUCAUAAAUGCCCCCAAGGAUAUCACGGUCUUUAUUGCCAAAACGAAUGCUCCCCAGGGUACUACGGUUACAAUUGUGUUAACCAAUGUAGCGAGCAUUGCCCGGUUCCCUACAACUGUGACCGUGUUACUGGGAUAUGUAAUGGUGGAUGUGUGUCAGGAUGGGCAGGAGACACGUGUAAUGAGUGUCAACUUGGAUACUAUGGUACCAACUGUAACCGAUGUAGUACAAACUGCAAUGUGUCUGGAAGUUGUGAUCGGUUAAACGGGCAGUGUCAUGGAGGCUGUCAACGUGGAUGGAAUGGAUCCUUUUGUAAUCAAGUUAAAUGCUCCCCAGGGUACUACGGUUACAAUUGUGUUAACAAAUGUAGCGAGCGUUGCUCGGUUCCCUCCAACUGUGACCGUGUAACAGGGAGAUGUAAAGGCGGAUGUAUGUCAGGAUGGGCGGGAGACACGUGUAAUGAGUGUGAGUUUGGCUACUAUGGUAAGGAUUGCAUAAGCAGAUGCAGCUUGAAUUGUAAACAUACCGGUGGAUGUGACAGAUUCACAGGUCACUGUUACGGAGGAUGUAAACCAGGAUGGACAGGAAGCACUUGUGAUCAGAAAUGUGACACAGGCUUCUAUGGUAGAAACUGUAGAGAGAAAUGCAGCGUUAACUGUCUCUUUGCCAGUGCAUGUGACAGGUUUACAGGUGAAUGUACUUUAGGGUGUCAACAAGGAUGGACAGGAAGCAAUUGUGACCAACUAUGCUCCCCGGGGUACUACGGUUACAAUUGUGUUAACAAAUGUAGCGAGCGUUGCUCGGUUCCUUCCAACUGUGACCGUGUAACAGGAAGAUGUUAUGGCGGAUGUGUGUCAGGAUGGGCAGGAGACACGUGUAAUGAGGUUCUAUGCUCCCCAGGGUACUACGGUUACAAUUGUGUUAACCAAUGUAGCAAGCGUUGCUCGGUUCCCUACAACUGUCACCGUGUAACAGGGAAAUGUAAUGGCGGAUGUGUGUCAGGAUGGGCAGGAGACACGUGUAAUGAGUGUCAACUUGGAUACUAUGGUAUCAACUGUAACCGAUGUAGCGCAAACUGCAAUGUGUCUGGAAAUUGUGAUCGGUUAAGUGGACAUUGUCAUGGAGGCUGUCAACGCGGAUGGAGAGGAUACUUUUGUAAUCAAGAAUGCUCCUCGGGGUACUACGGUUACAAUUGUGUUAACCAAUGUAGUGAGCAUUGCUCGAUGUCCUUCAACUGUGACCGUGUAACAGGGAUAUGUUAUGGCGGAUGUGUGUCAGGAUGGGCAGGAGACACGUGUAAUGAAAAAGUUGUAUGUCAACUUGGAUACUAUGGUAUCAACUGUAACCGAUGUAGCGCAAACUGCAAUGUGUCUGGAAGUUGUGAUCGGUUAAGCGGACAUUGUCAUGGAGGCUGUCAACGUGGAUGGAGAGGAUACUUUUGUAAUCAAGAAUGCUCCUCAGGGUACUACGGUUACAAUUGUGUUAACCAAUGUAGUGAGCACUGCUCGAUGUCCUUCAACUGUGACCGUGUAACAGGGAUAUGUUAUGGCGGAUGUGUGUCAGGAUGGGCAGGAGACACGUGUAAUGAGUGUGUCAAUGGUUCCUAUGGUAAAGAUUGCAGUAACCAAUGUAGUAUUUAUUGCAAUGAAACCGGUAGCUGUGACAAAUUUACUGGACGAUGUGACGAUGGAUGUAAACCAGGAUGGAAAGGCGUUACGUGCAAUGAAAUUUGUGAUGAAACAUUGUACGGUAUUAACUGCUCAGAGAAUUGUGAAUCAAAUUGUGUCAACUCUUCUUGCCACCAUGUGACUGGAAAAUGUAACGUUUACAUUCAGCCCCUAAAGAACACCGACAACAGUAUUAUUCCAACGUUACCAGUUAUUGGUGGGACAUCUGCUGCUAUCAUCAUACUUAUUUUAAUCAUUGGUGUCAUCAUUGCAUACAAACGUAUUAGACGUUCUUCAAAAUUUAAGCAAAACCAAUCCUAUUCCAAUGCUACCACAAACACGAUGGCCUUCUCAAACUUAUAUCAAAAUGUUGGAUUUGAAGUACAAAACGAGUCGAAUGAUAUCAGUCUUGAGAUUCAAUCAAGGCCGGUAGAAAAUAGUGAACCAACAGAAGUACAUAGAACAUCAGAACUAAAGGUUGAAGAAAUUGACAUUGACGAAAAAAUACACGAGGAAAAUCCUUACGGAGAUUUUUAUGUGAAUGAAGAACCCUUGCUUGGUGUUGAGAUAUCAAACUUGGAAAGUGUAAUUAAAGAAAAAUCAAAGAAUGAGAAUGAUGGGUUUAAAAAGGAAUAUACAAUGUUGUUAUAUGGAGAGAGGUACCCAUGUGAUUUUGGAAAACGCACUGAAAAUGUCUCGAAAAACAGAUUUAAAAAAACCUUUCCAUAUGACCAUUCAAGAGUUGUAUUAGCCAACAAACAUCCAGACUACAUCAAUGCUAAUUACAUCGAUGGUAUUGAAAGAGAAAGAAUUUUCAUAGCUGCACAAGGACCAAAACAAAACACGGUGGAUGACUUUUGGUGGAUGAUUUGGCAAGAAAAUGUGGAGCAGGUUGUAAUGUUAACAAAUAUCAUGGAAGGCGACAAGUGGAAAUGCAUCCAAUAUUGGCCUAACUUUCAAACAUCAAUAGAGUGCGAUAGUUUCACGGUUCACUCUUUUGAAGAGAAACAGUAUGCGUUUUACGUUAUCCGGAAACUUAAAGUCACCAAAAAGAAGCGCAAAAGCGCCAGUAGAACAAUUACUCAGUAUCAUUAUACCGCCUGGCCGGAUCAUGGAAUACCAGAAGCGCUAUGUCUCUUACUAUUUCAUGAUCAAGUGACGAGAUCCAAAUUUGACAGCCACAAUGGACCUGUCCUUGUUCAUUGCAGUGCUGGAAUAGGGAGAACAGGAACCUAUAUUGCAAUAGAUGUACUGAUUGAAGCAGGGAAAACGCAUAGCAAAAUCAACAUUGCAGAGUAUGUGAAAAAAAUGAGAAGAAACCGGAUGAAUAUGGUCCAGACCUAUGAACAAUACAAGACUAUAUUCCUUACCCUCCAUGAGAUGUUUAAAGCACCACCAACUGUUUUGAGUACAACAGAAUUUCUUCAGAAACUUCAGAAUGAACUCUGUAAUAAGCCAGCUAAUGUUCCAGCAUUCAAAAAGGAGUUUCAGAAACUACUGGCAGUUCGACCACAAUACACAGCAAAGGACUACAAAGUGUCUUCACAGUUUCAUGAUUUUUCAGCGUCCAUUCACCCUCUUGACAAGCACAUCCUUUUCCUUACGUCAAAUGUACCAAAACGAGGAAGGUACAUAAAUGCUAUAACUGUUCCCUCUUUCACCAAUCAAAAUGCGUUUAUCAUCACCAAUUACCCGACAAAAGGUGACGCUGUUGACUUCCUUCGACUGAUUAUUGAUUAUGACUCUGAAGUUGUUGUCUGUAUGGAACCUCUCUGCAGUAUAGAAUGUGCGAGUACAUGGCUUCCAACUACAACCAGAUCAAAACAAGUUACUCCUUUCACAACAAAAUUACGACACGAACAAACAAAAGACAUCAAGAGCAGCAUAAUCGAACUAACCAAAGAAGGAAAAAAAGACGAAACAUGGUCUGUUGAAAUAGCCGAGCCAAUGAACGACAUCAAAGGAACUCAUUCAAAGACAGUAACUAACCUCCUCAGCUUGGUAUCGUUUGCACGAAACAUUGAAACAGAAUCUCCGAUUAUUGUCUUAAGCAGUGAUGGUGCCGCUCUGUGUGGUGUGUUCUGUGCUGUAUACAACCUGAUACAACAACUGACAAUGGACGAGGAGAUAGACGUGUUCUCUGUGGUCAGACUCCUACAAACACGACGUCCUGAACUUUGCUCAUCAUUGGAAGAGUACCAACUGAUUCAGGAAGCCUUACAGAGUUACAUAAAAUCGUGCGAAAAUAUCUACUAUAACCAAUAAUUUUGCAGUUACAUAUGACAAUAUAUAUUUUGUAUGUUGACUUUUUUCACUUUAAGAUUGUAUAUAAAGAUACAUUACUUUUAUAUUGCAUUUCAUAUUUUGUAUCGUAACGGUUAUGUAUACAUGUUAGCAAUGCAUUUCCGUUGUUUUGUAUAUACCACAAAUUAUUUUUUUUUGUUAUGAAUAACAUUGCCUUACUUUUUUUAUAGUGUUCAAAUCAGAAUUGUUUUUCCAGAAUGUUUUGAUAUACACAAAUACGAAUACAUAACUAUUUUUACGGUAUAUGAUAUAAACAAAGAUAUUUGAUUAAUAUUGGUUAUAUUAUCACUUAAUAUGUAUAUCAUUAUUGAAUGUCAAAUGUAAAGACACAUACGGUUUAGCAGAUGACAUUUCAUUGGAUGUUAGAAUCUCUUCAUUUUCAACAACUGAAAUUUACAUGGUUCUAUUUGACUAAAGUUCAGUUUAAUGAAUAUAAGAUUUGACAAACAAAAAAAAUAUUGAAAGAUGAACUACGAGGAUAUUGCAUUUUAAUUAUAAAAUGGGUAAGUUUAUGUGUUGCAUCAGUCUGACUAUUUGAAAAUUUUAUUUUAUCAUUGUAUUUGAUAUGCCGCAUAUAUGUUUUUGUUAUUCUUAAAGAAUUAUUGAGCAAAAAAGUUAUGGUUAUUCAUAAGUUAUAAGUUGUUUUUUUUUUUUAAUUUGAGUACAUGUCUGUGUCUAUAUGCUAAGAACAUAUAUAACAAAAAUAAUUAUGAAUACGUAUAUUUUGGAAGGUAUUCCGUUGAAUUCGUCUUCAAAUUCAUUCAAAUAUUGACGAUUUAUCGCUAUUUAGAGGAUCAGCUUGUCCACAAAUGUUCUCCUAACUGUAAAAUAUAUUGAGCUAGACAAGAUAAGGAAUGACAAACUAAGGACUGUAUUUCUGUAUUAAGGAAUUCAUAUCGGUCACAAAAACACAAAUAGCCAAAGCUCUGACGUACUCGAAAAUUUGAAUAAAGAUAGUUUUGUCAUAUCUUGCUUUUGUUUUUGUUUUUUAAUAAUUAUCUCCUUUCUAGAUAAUAUUCUGUAAACAAAAUGACUUUAACUUUACAAUAAUUUUUAUUUAACAUUAAGAAAAAAGGGUUGACAAUUUAGAUAUUUAUCAACAGGAGUCUAAAUUUAAAAAAAAGUACUAAGAAUUGUUAUUUCCUUUCAUUAUAUUCUUUUUUCAAUUUUAUAUGUUUUGUCUCAAUUAUUUACAGCAGUAUAUUUUUAAUUAUUUUAAACCAAAUAUCGAAUCGCAAAUAAAAACUUCCUGAACAACCACUCCAUGUUAAGGUCAAAUCUCACUCAGAUUGAAAAAUCUUUUUAUUAAUAUCGGGUCAUUGAUCUGUAAUUGGUUAUUGUACUGCAUAGUACAAUUACAUAGAAAAAAAUAUAUGAAUAAAAAAAAGAAUAUUUUGAACAACUAUUUACUAGACUGAGUACAUUUUGAUUGCGUACUCUCUUGCCCAGCGUUUCAUUUCAAUUCUGAUGUCAUCUUUUAGCUUGGUUGGCGCCAUUGCGUUAUAGUUUGAA